AUGGCGGCUGGAAGUGAAGCGGUGAGCGGCAAUAGCCGCGGUUCUGCUGCGGCAUUCGAGUCUGCUUUAGACCGCCGUCUUCAGGGACUUACAAACACAAUGGAGUCCAUCCAAGGAUUAUCCAGCUGGUGCAUAGAGAACAAGAAAUACCACAGUGUGAUCGUGAGGAGCUGGCUCAAGCGGGUGCGCAAAUCCGACGCAUCUCAUAGGCUCAACCUCUUCUACCUGGCUAAUGACAUCAUCCAGAACUGCAAGAGGAAGAAUGCCGUCGUCUACCGCACCACCUUCACUGAUGUCCUGCCAGAGGCUGUUAAGCUCAUAAACACUUCAAAAGACUCCAAGAUACGCAAAUCGGUGGACAGAAUACUGUGCAUCUGGGAGGAAAGAAAUGUUUAUCCUGAGGAAAUUAUCAACAAGCUCAGAGGUGGACUCACCCAGCACGAGGAGCCAGCAGUAGCACCCGUCAAUCAGAAAGCAGAACUGAGAUCCAAGAUAGUUGCCGAGUUUGUGCCCUCAGCGUUCACCGACCACCUUACAAAGUACAGGAACUCCAUGGAUGAGAUCGAGCUCAGAGAGAAGCAGCUCGCAGCCAUGAGAGUGGACGUAUGCAGCACGGCGGCUCUGAAGAAACUCAAAGAUAAGGCCGGCGGCAAGCGCUUUUCCAAGGAUUUUGAGGAUGGUAGUGCAAAACUACGAGACUUUGUGAGUUUUCUGAACGGAGAGGUAGAGAAAGGGCCUGCGCUGAUGGAAACGCUGGAGAAUGCGGACAUCUUUUACGAGAUGCAGUACAAAGAGGUCAAAAUAGUUGCCAACGCUUAUCAGACAUUUGCCAACCGAGUAGUGCAUCUCAAGCGGAAACUUGAUGCACUCAAAGCUACCUUACCUGACCCAGACGAUUCGCCAAUUCCGUCCCCCUCGAUGGACGCCCCGUCACCGGUGAGUUCCGAGUCGCCCGAGAAUGACCUACAACCCGUCUGUUCCCCGGACCCGGAGCUGGAUGGCCUGGCGGUUGAGGAGGAGGAUCUGAUUGCCCUGGGUGAUGCUCCCAGCCCGCUCUCUUCCCCCGGGGACAGAGACAACAGGGAUGUGGAGGACAUGGAGCUCUCGGACGUGGACGAGUCAGCAGAGGCAACCAUCAUAGUGGAAGAGCGAGUGGAGAAUCCUGUCCCUGACAGCGGGACUAGUGAAACCCCUGUUGCCGAACCCACUCCGCUCACACAGGCUGCACCCGUGAAAGAGGUCACAACAUCUGCGCCAACUGUGACUUCAGCAGCCCCGUCGCUUCCUGUUAACCUGGCGGGAGUGGAUUUAGCCAAAAUCAGUUCCAUCCUCAGUACACUUACAAAUGUCAUGAAGAACUCUGGUCCGGGUGUAAGCCCGGUAUCCCGCCCCUCCACUAGCACUUCAAGCACCCUUUCCACAGCAAGUUCAUCUGUAAAGAGCCCUACUGUUUCUUCCUCACCAACUGCCCCUGGGUCCAAACCCCUGUCCAGCAUACUCUCCCGGGUGGACAUUAAACCCAGCACCCUGCUCAACAUCCUGUCUAAAACCCAGGGACUGUCUUCCUUGCGCAACAAUCAGACUGGAACACCCUCAACCACUUCAGGCUCAGAUAUAAACCCAUCCCCAGACCCCAACAACACAAAUUACGCUUAUGCCUCUCCCAAGACCACUGAAGUGCCAUCUGCAGCUACAUCGGUUAGUAAUUCCGCCCCUCAGACAGAUGCGUCUCUCCAUUCUCAACCUCCCAACGUUGCUCAGCCCAGCGAUCUUCCAAAAAAAGUGGAGGAAAAGAAAGUAGAACCUAUUACCUCUGUCAGCUCUACACUGGACUCGAAGAUUGAUAGUUUUCUUCAGGAAAAUCCAAAACUGAGUGGCUUUAAUAUGGGUUUUCCAACCGUUCUUCCCUGGUCUAGGGCUGUCGAUAGUCCUUCAGGUAGCACGGAUAACAUGGGAGGAACUCCUGUGAGGGAUGAGUCUGGUGCUACACCAACUCAAGAUGAAGUCAUGGAUGAUCCUGCAGUGAACACACUUUCAUACCAUGUAGCGCCUUUGCAAACGUCAGCAUCUCCUGCUUUGGUUGGCAGCUCUGUAAGUGGACCCCGUUUGUCCUCUUAUGGAAGUAAUUCCUGGCAGGAGCAGAACAGCCAUGGUUCACAGUAUGGUCCUGGGUCACAAAGUGGAGGAGACAAGUACCAGAGGGAUUUUGCAGAAGUGGGACGUCAGAAGCAACAUGCAGCAUCUUUGGCACAGUCAUCUCUGGCAAGCAACAAACAGAUGCCAGCUAUGACUAAUCCAGUGAAGCAUGGCCAGGCAACACCAUACUCCAUCGGUGGCAAAAGGACAAACAAUGCUAUGUUGGAAGAUAAAGGCUGGUAUGGUGAAACAUACGGUCAAGAGCAGCGUGUGGCAGCCCCAACUGAAUCGUAUAGAGAAAACCAGCAGCAAUCUCAAGACCCUAACCCCCCUAAUUUCUUUAACACCCCCUUACCACCACUUCCACCAAUUCCUCAGCUCCCACCUCCUCCGCAAGACUUUAUUCCGUCAGAAGUAGGUGGCAUCAGAGGUCCAAAUCCUGCAGACAAUUUCCAGGCAGGUAGAAGGAGUUCGCCAUAUGUACCAGGAAAUAAUUUUAAUGAGCGUUUCCAUCCCCAUCAGAAUGUGUCUGCACAUAACCAUGGUGGUGUCCCACCACGUCUUUUCCCCCCUGCCCCUCAAAACGGCCCAGCGGGUUAUAACCAUCAUCCCAGGGUACCUGUACUCCCUCAGCGCCACCCUGGUAUGCGCCCUGGUCGUCCAUCAUUUCCUGAAAGGGAAUACUUUGAGCAUCCUAGUGGAAGAGAAUUCAGUGAGUCUCCUGUUGGAAGGGGGGCCCAUGCACCGUUCGGUGGAAGGGGGGCCCAUGCACAGUUCGGUGGAAGGGGCGGCCAUGCACCUCCUGGUGGAAGAGGGGUUCAUGUGCCACCUGAAGGAAGAGGGGUCCAUGAACGUCCUGUUGGAAAGUGGGUCCAUGAACCUCCCGGUGAAGAAGGGAUUCAUGAGCCUUCCGAAUCUAGGGUGGUCCACGAGCCUCCUAGUGGAAACAGCUUCCAUGCAAAUUCUAGUGGGAGUGGCGUUCAUGAGCCUUCUAGUGGGAGUGGGGUCCAAGAACCUUCUGCUGAAAGUGAGCUUGACGAACCUCCUAGUGAAAAUAGGGUCACUGAGUCUCCUGGUGGAAAGAGAGUCCAUGAGCCUAGUAGUGAAUCUGAGGACCUAUCUGAAGACCCGUACUUGCCCACUGAGCCACCCCACUCGCCUCAGUCACACACAUUUUAUGCUGACAAGAGACCUUUACCACAGCACCAACCUCAACAUAGACCUCGUCUCGAGCACAGACCCCCUCCGCCUCAACACUAUCGUGGUCCACGCCCUGGUCACUUUCCAAUGCAUAGACCCCUCCGUCGUCCUCCUCCUCCGUUUACCUUGCAUCCCAGUGAACCUCCGUUUCAGAGGGUCAGGCGACCUGGGCCUCCUUUUGGUGGAGGUCCAAGACCCGGUGGUCCAUGUUACCCCCCUAAGAGACCUUUCUUUCAACCGCGCUACUGAACUGUUGAUCAACUGCUGCAGCCAGAGGGAACUGCUGACAACCUAAUGUAGAUCUACUAGAGCACGACAUGAUGGAGUACAAGUUAUGGCAUAGAGUGGUCUUGGGCAGCUUAAAUAACUUGUCUGAACUGAACUUGGAAUGGAAUAUAAAAAAAAUAAAAAAAAGUCCCCAAA